UUCGGCUGUGCAAUGUGUAGCACGUUUCUCUCUCUCUCUCCUCUCCAUUCUCCUUCCCUCUUGCCUCUCGUGUCUGCCUCCAGGAUUUCUCUCUUCCUAUUUCAGAAGGACUCUCACAGGCUCCCUCAGUCUGUGUGAAGCUGAGGUUUCCUCCGGAUCCCGUAUACCCCCAACACAUACCUCCACGCACACAGCCCCAAGAACCCCGCGCUCACACCAACAUAUACACGCGCGCACACACUCGCGCUCGCCUGUCCACCUCCCUCCCGGGAGAGCCGGCGCGCGUUCCCACCUUCGCGGCGCACUCUAGCCAGCAGAGCUCGCAGCGCUCUAGGAUUCUGCGGCUCGGGACUCGGAUCGCAGCUCUGAACCCCCAUGGUCAUUUUUUAAACAUUUUUUCCUUCCCCUCUUCUUCAUUUUUUUAUUGCAUCGUUUUCGAUUUGAGGGGAUAGCGAAGCAAGGCGGCUGCUUCCCCAACCAGCCCUGGUUGGCUUUCCAUCCUCCAUCGGGCUUAUAAAAGUUUGCUGAGUGCAGUCCAGAGGGCUGCGCUGCUGGUCCCCUCGGCUGGCGGAAGGGGGUGACUCUGGGCAGCGGCAAGGAGCGCGCCGCUGGCUCUGGCGGGCUUUCGGCUUGAGGGGCAAGGUGAAGAGCGCACGGGCCCUGGGGUUUACCGAGCUGGAUUUGCAUGUUGCACCAUGCCUUCUUGGAUCGGGGCUGUGAUUCUUCCCCUUUCGGGGCUGUUGCUGUCCCUCCCGGCCCGGGCGGAUGUGAAAGCUCGGAGCUGCGGCGAGGUCCGGCAGGCGUACGGUGCCAAGGGAUUCAGCCUGGCGGACAUCCCCUACCAGGAGAUCGCAGGGGAACACUUAAGAAUCUGUCCUCAGGAAUACACGUGCUGCACCACAGAAAUGGAAGACAAGCUGAGCCAGCAGAGCAAACUAGAAUUUGAGAACCUCGUGGAAGAGACCAGCCAUUUUGUGCGGACCACUUUUGUGUCGAGGCACAAGAAGUUUGAUGAAUUUUUCCGAGAACUUCUAGAAAAUGCAGAGAAGUCCCUCAAUGACAUGUUUGUCCGGACCUAUGGGAUGCUCUACAUGCAGAAUUCGGAAGUGUUCCAGGACCUCUUCACGGAGCUGAAGAGAUAUUACACUGGGGGCAACGUGAACCUUGAAGAGAUGCUGAAUGACUUCUGGGCUCGGCUCCUGGAACGAAUGUUCCAGCUGAUCAACCCUCAGUAUCACUUCAGUGAGGACUACCUGGAGUGCGUGAGCAAAUACACAGACCAGCUGAAGCCAUUUGGAGAUGUGCCCCGGAAGCUGAAGAUCCAGGUCACCCGUGCCUUCAUUGCUGCUCGCACCUUUGUCCAGGGGCUGACCGUGGGCAGAGAGGUUGCAAACCGGGUUUCCAAGGUCAGCCCCACCCCCGGGUGCAUCCGUGCUCUCAUGAAGAUGCUGUACUGCCCAUACUGUCGAGGCCUUCCGGCUGUGAGACCGUGCAACAACUACUGCCUCAAUGUCAUGAAAGGCUGCCUGGCGAAUCAGGCCGAUCUGGACACAGAGUGGAAUCUGUUUAUAGAUGCAAUGCUCUUGGUGGCAGAGCGACUGGAAGGGCCUUUCAACAUCGAGUCUGUCAUGGACCCCAUAGAUGUCAAGAUUUCUGAAGCCAUUAUGAACAUGCAGGAGAACAGCAUGCAGGUGUCUGCAAAGGUCUUUCAGGGAUGUGGCCAGCCUAAACCUGCUCCGGCUCUCAGAUCUGCCCGAUCGGCUCCUGAAAACUUUAAUACACGUUUUAGGCCCUACAAUCCCGAGGAAAGGCCCACCACGGCUGCAGGCACAAGUUUGGACCGGCUGAGGACGGUGUGGAGGACAAUGCAGGAUAGUGUCACAGACAUAAAAGAGAAAUUGAAGCUCUCUAAAAAGGUCUGGUCGGCAUUACCCUACGCCAUCUGCAAGGACGAGCGCGUGACAGCGGGCACUUCCAACGAGGAGGAGUGCUGGAAUGGCCACAGCAAAGCCAGAUACUUGCCUGAGAUCAUGAAUGACGGCUUGACCAACCAGAUCAAUAACCCUGAGGUGGAUGUGGACAUCACACGGCCAGACACCUUCAUCAGACAGCAGAUCAUGGCUCUGCGCGUGAUGACCAACAAAUUGAAGAAUGCCUACAAUGGCAAUGACGUCAACUUCCAGGACACCAGUGACGAAUCCAGCGGCUCAGGGAGUGGCAGUGGGUGCAUGGAUGAUGUGUGUCCCACAGAGUUUGAGUUUGUCACCACGGAGGCCCCUGCAGUUGACCCCGACAGGAGAGAAGAGGACUCUUCUGCUGCCGGGCUUGGCCACUCCCUGCUGUCAUGGUCCCUGGUCUGCAUGGUGUUGGCACUGCAGAGACUGUGCAGAUAAUCCUGGGUUUUGGUCAGACGAAACUGCAUUUUAGCUAUCUGAGUGGCCAACUCCCUUCCUUUCUUACACUCUUGGACAAUGGACUAUACCACAAAAACUUACCGUUUUCUAUGAGAAGAGAGCAGUACUGAGAUCUGCCUCCCUUUUUGUUUUCCCAAAGAGUACCGGGUGCCAGAUGAACCGCUUCCUCUUUUCAGCUAUCUGUGGGGACUUUGUUUAUUCCAGAGAGAAUUCUUACUCCAAUCUUUCGUACCAGGAGAUUUUCUUACCUUCAUUUGCUUUUAUGCUGCAGAAGUAAAGAAGUCUCACGUUGUGAGUUUUUUCUCCCCCCCUCCCCAUUUAAAAAAUUAAAAGGUAGGAAGAAAAUAAUUUUCCUUUUAAAAUCAGGCCAAACCCCAAGACAACUGCAUUUUCAACAAAGAAGCAACAAAAGAGCAAAAUAAAGGAACUGCAAUGCUCUAGGUUCUGCAUUGACAGCCAACUCCCAGGGUAAGCUUUUCUGUGACAAUUCAGGUUUACAAAAUGCUUAUGGGAAGAAAGCUUGAAAUUUUUUUAAAAUGUAGUAAAAUUACACUGUUGUCUUGGAGGUGCCAUCUUGCACUCUAACCACAAAUACCAAAUUGAUUUGGAGGUACUGAUAAUCAAUUUAGAAUUCCAUCUUUAAUAUGAGAGCAAAACUUACUCCAACUCAGCACCUCUCUCUCAACCUGCCCAACGUCAACGUCAGUAAUGGCUCCAUUUUCCUUAAUUGUCUUAAUGUCUGUCCAUUGUAUCCAAUUGGCACAGAUUUCUUCUUCAUCUUCAGUUACUAGUGUACACCCCCAUCAAAUCAUCCCCCCAUCCAACAUCUCAAUUGAAUAUCAUCUUCAGUGAUACAAUCUCUGCUUUUGCCACAGGUUUGACAUGAAUUUAGAUGUUUCUGCCCUGUGUUCAUUACCCUCCUAAAAUAGGAGUUUGUUGGUUUUUUUUUUUUUUGGUUUUUGUUUUACCGAGUUGAUAAACAGUUAGAUCCAUAGAUAAGUUUUCCUGUUUGACUAUUUGCUUUGUGUCAAUUGGUUUCUGCAUCACAAGGGCAUUCUCCUACAAAAUAACUCACAACAACAAAAAAUUUCAAGACAAAAAAAAAGAAACUAUAUAUAUAGUAUGGACAUGGAGAUUUCUUUCACUUUUUUAGUCUUAGUAUGAUCAUCUAUUUUUAUAUCUAUAUAUAUAUAUAAAUCACAGAUUUUAACUUCUUAAUUCCAAGCUCAGGGUUGACACACCUUUGUAAAAAAAAAAAAAAAAAUGUUUUGUCAACCAGCUCUUCCUGUUUUGUGCUGCUCAGAGAAGGGAUCCCUCAAUGACCUGUGAGCACCAAGAAUCAAGGAAGAGAACUUUUUACGUAUCUAACUGUCCAUCUCUUAAAAGUUUGCCAGGGCACAUCCUUUCUGCGUGAGCCUGCUUUGUCCCCAUUGCUCCAGACCUGUCCUGAGCUCAUGGGACAAGCCAUGGGUGUGCAGGACUUUGCUGGUAAGGGAAACUGUAUGUGUAAAGAAUGUUAUUCACGAAAAAAGGAGAAAAAAAAAGCGCAACACACACACACAAAAAAAAAAACAUUGCUUUCAUGUGCAACACCUUCGGCCUCAGAUUCCUGCUUGGCACUUGGAUAAAUGACCUACGCUCAGGAGACCGGUUUAGAGUCUCAGCUUGCCCUGUCUGCCAAGUAAGCCAAAGCCAGGCCCCAUGCUCCUCCUGGCAGAGAGAAGCAAAACAAACCAAACUGGGGCUUUCUGAGUACACUUGGCUGUCCAUGUGUUUCUUGAUUUUUUACAAUGCAUCCAGAGUUAGGAAAAGUAAUAUGUCAGGACCCCAUAGUAUGCCAGUCGCAUUUUAACUAACUCAUUGACAGUAUUGACACGUAAAUGGUAUUUUUCGAUCUCUGUUCUCAUCAAACUUAAAAUUAGUUAUUGAUUUAGUCAUCACGUUUAAGUAGAACACAUGCGGCACAACGGUAUUAAGUAUAUUUGAGCACUUUUGCAAAACAGAAAGUAUUUCCAAGCUUCUAUUGCCACUAACGAAAUAUGAAAUGUAGGAAUCAGAGAGACUUUGUGGUAUCUUUCCUUUAAAUCUCGAUGAAAUUAGCGCCAGGUCUAAUUCAGCAUUACACACUUCUAGAAAUCCAUCCAUUUCACUGCCAACCUUCAGCUUCCUGUCACCAGUUACACAUAACACAUCUCUGAGAAGGACCAAUUGCGUAUGUUGCUCAUUUCAUUGUGUGUUCAGAAAUCAGAACUGGUUUUCUCCAAUAAUUAAGGUGCAACACAAAUUCAAUCAACCUUGAUUUUUCCAGAAUAUUUGAGUAAUAACUUAUUUUUAUGGCUUUAAACUCCAACUCUUUUUCUAAAAAUAUUUCUGCAUUCGCUUCUAUAAAAUAAAUCAAGAUGCUUUGUUUUUUUCCCUGUGCUUCCUCGCCCAACCAGUUUUGUGCAUGUGUUUGAAUACACGUUAUAUGAAUGAAUGUGAACCUAUGUUCUAUACGCACUAACCACACAGAUAAAUAUAUAAAUGCCUGCUUCAUUUGUUUCAACACCUUCAUUAUCAAUAUUAUUCCUAUAGAUGAGAUACAGUGAUGCAUAUGAGCCAGGCAGAGAGCUGAAAUGACUCUCAGUUAAUAAUGCCACAAUACUAGUCACCCUGUAUGAAUGUGGUUAAAAUGUGACAGAACUACACUUCCUGGUUUUGAUCAUCAUGCUACUAUGUCAUAUGCUUUUCAGAAUAAUUGACCAUGAGAAUUUUCUUCAGUCCCUAAGGAAUCUAGUCUCAUCUAGGUAUCCCUGUUCAGUAAGUAUUUUGAAAUUCCCCCUCCCAAAUUAAUUUUUCUUGUUUCUGCACAGUGAUAGGGGAUGCAGUGAUGCUCCAUUAUCUUUCAUGGCCUGCCUUCCUUUGUUCUGAUGUCCCCUCAAUUCUGUAAUCACAUCAUAACUUCUGUUAUGAGUAGAGAGGAAUAAGCUCACUGCAAUCGGACACUAGAAAUUUGUGGGUGAUGCUCAUAACUGCAAACACUUAGCUUAUUGAAGUGCCUCUAUUUACAUGUUCUUUAGUUAUAAUAUGUAUUUUUCUAACAGAAAUACACGUCUGUAACUGAUGUAUAUUAUACUUUGUAUAUGUUACAACAAAAGCUAAAUGGAGGCUAAAGUCUUUAGCAGAGAAGAAUGAAUUGCAGAUUUGCCUAUGAGAGAUCUGCUUGUGGUUCUGUAUUGAAGGGCAGCGUGACAGUCUCCUGUCAUUUUAAUGAAGGUCAAGCUGGCACUUUGAUUAUAGCCAUCACAGACUAUUAGCACUAGAAAUCUGACUCCCUUCUAGUGAUUUACCCAGAUGGAUAAGUUACUCACAUCAUGUGCUUCCAAUGUAAGGGAUAGAAAAUCCUAUUUUCUCUACACUGAGAAACACUACUACUCAUAAAUAAGCAGUAGUAAUUCAAAAAGUAACAUUUGUUAAAUUACAUUGGAAAUACUAUUGGAUGCAGAACCCUCAUAUUUAAUUUACAUCUCCUGCUGCAGACAUUAGCCUACUGUCAUUCUUUUGCCAUUACAUACAUGUUUUGGCUAUGGACCAAACACCAACUAAAGUCACCAACUAAAGUCCCCGAGGAGGAGGAGUAAAACAGCAAAUUCUUGAGUUGUGAUUCUUUUAUUACUUCCUUGCAAGGCUAAUUAUCAUGUGGUUUGAUUAAAGGUAGAAAUGUUCAAAAAAGCAAGUUUUGACUUAUCCAAAGCUUGAAGAAAUUCAAACUCAUUUUCAUUAACUUACAGUCAUGAACAGAUCUGAUUUUAAUUAAAAAGAAAAAAGCAGUUUAGCUUUGCCAACAGAAGAGGAGUAAAGGAGACUAUAACUUAUAAAUUUGUAAUGUGUUCCUCCUCGGUGGAGACAUUAGCCAGUGUUUAGUCUUAGGCCAACUUAAUACAAAUAGCGUAUUGAUUUGUACGCAUUCUAGAGACUUGCUAUAUCAUGGUUUGCUACGGCACAGACUCAGCUUGGCAUGGGAACAUUUGGAGCGUCAUUCAAAGUUGAGUAGUUACCGGAAUCUUUGACAUUGCCUUGCGAAGAGCUACUUCCAUGAGAGAACACCCAAGGACAGCAUAGUACUGAGGUCUCUGUGUGCAUAUACAGAAUAUAUGUGCAGGAUAAAUGUGUGCACCAAUCAAACCUAAAAUUUUAUGUGACUGUCGAAUGAUUAUUAUUUGGGUUAAGAUUUUUCAUUUCUGAUUUGGAUAGAAAAUUGCUAUUAAUCUUGUAUUAAAAUAGUUUUAAAAAAU